AUGGGAAUCCCCGAUAUUGACUGGAAGGGCCUGGGCCUUCCGUUCGCCUACGUUCUUGUUCUGGGCGGCGCCCUCAUGGUUUUUUCCACCAUCUACCGCAAGCGCAGAGCAGCGCAACUCGCCAACCUCGAGCCCUGGUUCGGCCCUCAUCUCCAGCGCAACAUCUACCUCACCCUCCUGCACAUGAAUCCCGAGGACGCCAGCCCGGAAGGGUCCGAGAAGUCACCCAAGAUUCCCGACAGCAUCCUGCGAGCCGCCCUCCUCCGCCGCGCCAUCGAAGACCUCCGUAGGCUGGUGCAGCUCCGGUCUGCCAAGCAGGCCUGCAGCGGACUCCUACAGAAGGGCAGCGUGGGUGAUGACCUGUGGCAGAGGUUUCAGCGUGCUGAGAAGGAGAUGGAGGAGGAGCUCCGUGAUGUCGUGGCCGAGGCCAAUGCCCUGGCCCCUAACUGGGGACAGACCAUCUUCCAGUCGGCGAACGAGAUGCUCCUCAACAGCAAGGUGCGCGAACACGUGGCCGAUGUGCAGGGUCAGGUGGCGGCGGAGAAGCAGUGGUGGGAGAAGCGUCGUGCGCAGAUCAAGUCGGAGCUCUUCAAGGAGCUCGACGAGGAGAAGCAGACGACGACGAGACCGGGUAAUGUCAGCGAGGACGAGGCUGUGCUGGUGGAUACGCCAGCUGGCGGCAAGAAAUAG